GCGGUGCGUUCGCUUCGGCCAGCUCCACGCAGCAUUUCGGUGAAUGCCGUGUCCAGCUGUUUACAGGGACCGUGAGGAGCCGUUUAUUUCGGAAGGCGGGCUCAGGGCCUCAACACCGGCACCAUGGUUUUAGCCGACUUGGGCCGCAAGAUCACCAACGCAUUGCGGUCGCUCAGCAAUGCGACCAUCAUAAAUAAAGAGGUUCUAGAUUCUAUGCUAAAGGAGAUAUGCACGGCACUUCUAGAAGCUGACAUCAACAUCAAGCUCGUGAAGCAGCUCAGAGAAAAUGUCAGAUCUGUCAUCGACAUCGAUGAGAUGGCAGCCGGGCUGAACAAGCGGCGGAUGAUCCAGUCCGCCGUGUUCAAGGAGCUGAUCAGGUUGGUGGACCCCGGUGUCAAGGCAUGGCAGCCGACGAAAGGCAAAAACAAUGUCAUCAUGUUCGUCGGCCUUCAAGGCAGCGGCAAGACCACAACAUGCACAAAGCUGGCGUACCACUACCUGAAGAAAGGCUGGAAGACGUGCCUGGUGUGCGCCGACACCUUCCGAGCCGGUGCCUUCGACCAGUUGAAGCAGAAUGCGACCAAGGCGAGAAUACCUUUCUAUGGAAGUUACACGGAGGUCGACCCAGUGGUGAUAGCUCAGGAGGGUGUCGAGAAGUUCAAGAACGAGGGCUUCGAGAUCAUCGUCGUCGACACGAGCGGCAGGCACAAGCAGGAGGACUCGCUGUUCGAGGAGAUGUUGCAAGUGUCCAAUGCCACCAAACCAGACAACAUCAUCUUCGUGAUGGACGCAUCAAUUGGUCAAGCCUGUGAAGCGCAGGCACGUGCCUUCAAAGAAAAAGUGGACGUCGGUGCCGUCAUCGUCACGAAGCUCGACGGCCACGCGAAAGGUGGAGGAGCUCUCAGCGCGGUGGCAGCCACGCAUAGUCCAAUCAUCUUCAUAGGUACCGGGGAACACAUAGACGACUUUGAGCCAUUCAAGGUCAAGCCGUUCAUCAGCAAACUCUUAGGCAUGGGCGACAUCGAGGGCCUCAUCGACAAGGUCAACGAGCUGAAGCUCGACGACAACGAGGAGCUCAUCGAGAAGCUCAAGCACGGCGAGUUCACGCUGCGCGACAUGUACGAGCAGUUCCAGAACAUCAUGAAGAUGGGACCCUUCAGCCAGAUCAUGGGCAUGAUUCCAGGCUUCAGCAGUGACUUCAUGACAAAAGGCAACGAGCAGGAGUCUAUGGGAAGGCUAAAAAAGCUCAUGACAAUCAUGGACAGCAUGAAUGACCAAGAGCUGGACCACAGGGAAGGGGCCAAGCUGUUCUCACGGCAAACGGGACGGGUCACGAGGGUCGCACGGGGCGCCGGGGUCACCUCCCGCGAGGUGCAGGAGCUCCUGGCGCAGUACACCAAGUUUGCUGCCAUGGUGAAGAAGAUGGGCGGCAUCAAGGGCCUCUUCAAGGGUGGCGACAUGGCAAAGAAUGUGAACCAGGCACAAAUGAACAAGCUGAACCAGCAGAUGGCCAAGAUGAUGGAUCCCAGAGUCCUGCACCAAAUGGGUGGCUUCUCCGGCCUGCAGAACAUGAUGCGGCAACUACAAGGUGCCGCCAGUGGAAACGUCAACAACCUCAUGAACAUGGGAAAGUGAACUGCCCCGCCUCGUACCGGUGUACGACGGCCCUCCUUUUAUAUGAAGCGACGCAGCGCGCACGCCGGAUCAACAUCGAGAAGGCCGGAAGGGCAACGCCACCGCGCCCGUGUCGUCUGUUGCCCGCUCGCAAACGAUUUCUCCUGUUGCCCCCUCUCCCCCACUUCCCUCUGCUUUCUUCUCUCUCUCUCUCCAAAUUGUGUCACUUCACAAAAAACCUAAGUUGCAACAGGUGCAUAUAUCCGAACUCUGCAAAAAACUCUCCGCGCAUAGUCCAGCCCUUUCACAGUUCUUCACGAACAUCAUUUCUGCAGUGUCACACUCUCUCGAUGCGUUUCGUCACCUCUCAGUUGGCUGUCGCGGCCAUGACACACGUUUGCACUCCCGCGCUUUCUCUUCUCCCACACGGUGUCGCAGACGCCGGGGCAAACAUUGCAAUCGGUUCACAAGUGCGCAUAUUCAAUCUCUCUCUCUUGUCUGGUGUCGGUGCUCUUUGCAACUCGUGAGUGACGCUGGAACAUCUACAAUUUUGCCGAGCGCGUGUGCAGCGAUGCUUCACAACGUUGUACUGCAACGUGACGGUCACGUCCGCCGUCGUUGCAGCGGCAGUGACGCUGCAGGUUCUUUCUUACUACUAGCGUGCCGUGAAGGUAACGGGUCGUUUCUCGAAUGGGCCGGCCGCGUUGUACGUCGCAAGCUUAGAGUAACUCUUUCCAAGUAUGGACGACCGAGUGAUCCUGUGAAGAGACGAUGACAGCAUUGUUGUACUUGUUUUUGUUUUUUCUUUUUUUAAAAAGAAAUUAGUGUCGUCAUUUUGCUCAGUGCAAGCUAUUUCCGUUGCCCAAAUUACGUUACGUGCUCACAACGCCCAUCCUGAAACAUAGUACCGUUAAGCGUUGUGUUCGUGGGCCGGUGCAACCCUUUUUUUUCCACGUUGACAGUUUUAAAUUCUCAGUGACGUUUACCUCAUGUUGCUCUCGCUGUAUGGUUGGGGAAACGGGAAGGACUCUUUUUGUACAGGAAUCGUGUUUUUGGACACGUGCAUAUAGAAAUGUACGGCAAAUGGCAAUUUUGUUCUUGCUUUUUUUUUUUCUUCUAAAUGUACAGAAUACAUUUCGACGUGACGACAAUGCAUUUCUUGAUAAAAAAAAACAA